AUGUACUCAACAAUAAUUGUAGUAUUGCUGGCCCUAUCGACAGCCACAAGUGGCGCCAGCUUGGGCCCCGAUGGGCGCAUUGUAGGCGGUGCAGCAACAACAAUCGAGCAGCAUCCUUGGCAGGUUUCGCUAAUGCGCCAUGGCAGACACUUUUGCGGCGGCAGUCUGAUCAAGUUCAACAUUGUAGUUACGGCAGCCCAUUGCCUGGUGGCCACAGGCGCUACCCCAGCCCAACUGCAAGUGCGCGCUGGCUCCAACCAGCGCCUAAGUGGUGGCACCAUUCACGAUGUGGCAGCACUUAAGGUGCACGAACUUUACAGCAGCAGCACCAAGAUGUACGACAUUGCCAUUCUGCGUUUGAAGACCGCAUUUAAGGCGAAUAAACAGGGCACCAUUCAGACGAUACCCAUGGCCAGCAAUACACCACAACAUGGCACAGCAGUGAACUGCACGGGCUGGGGCUAUACAAGCUUCAAUGGCAGGGCCUCCAACACUCUGCAAUACAUACAGACAAAUGUUGUGGGACGCACUGAGUGCGGCAGUUCUAAAUACGGUUAUGGCUCCAAGAUUAAAUCGACCAUGAUUUGUGCCAUUGCGAGCAACAAGGAUGCGUGCCAAGGUGAUUCUGGUGGACCGCUUGUGGCAAAAGGCACGCUUGUUGGCAUCGUAUCCUGGGGCAAGGAAUGCGCAUUGCCAAAUUAUCCUGGCGUCUUUGCCAAUGUGGCUGAGCUUAGUACUUGGGCGCUAAAUGCCAGCAACAAAAUAUAA